UUGUGAUAAACUUAUUAAAUAGAUCAAGUUCCUUUUGAAUAUGAAUAAACGCAGACAGAGCAUGAAGUUUGCCAAAACAAGCAAAUCUAGCCGGAAGUACGCGUCGCAGUGGAGCUGUAUAUAUCCCGAGACAGGCGAGGAGAUGGAAUUCUUCUCCGAUCAUCCGACGGUUGAAUUGAACGGAAUCUCUCGUGAAGUCCUGAGCAGGAAAGAGGAACUCAAAAUUAUUGAAGAUAAUCAGAGGUGGAACGAUUUCUGGAAAGACACCCCUGUAGUGCAGAACGAGUAUGAGAAACUAGUGGAGGCUUUCAAAUCUAAAUGCUUGAGUGAUAUUAGCGCCAUAGAACAUAAAAUAUCUUGUGAUUCUGAUAGAAUUCAACCAAGAACAGGAGGCAAAACAGAUCAAACUUCGACUAAAGAAAAAAUGGCUGAUUUGACCAGAAAAACUCGCCAAAAAUACGGCCUUGAUUCUUUUUGUUUCGAUGAACUGUUUGAAACCAAAGCAAGAAGCAAAAAGUCAAUUGAUAAUUUAGCAGAAAAAAUUGCAGCGGAUCAUCGUAGGAGUUUGUUGUCGCCUGCAAACAAGAGCACAGUUUUAGAGAAUGCAUGUUGCAAUCUACAAAACAAAGCCAAUGAUGGUUUUGUUAAACACAACAUCAUCCGUGGUCGAAAAUCUACGCCGAGCAAGCCUAAAAAAACUAAAAGAAAUGACCAGUACUGUAUACGAAAUGAUAUGUCUGAAUUUGUUUCGCAGAUCGAGCAGUCCAAUAUCCAGGAGAAAGAAACGUUUAACUUGUCUGUUGAUUUUUGGGAAGCGUUCACAGGCGAGAGUAUGGCUUUGAAUCAACAACAGGUGGACAAUAAGGAAGAAACCGAAUCUGUUUGUUCGGACAGCUCCUCUUUGUCGUCAAAAUCAAGACUCAAUUUAGUCCGAACUACAGGUGGACGUCUUUACAUUCCGAAAAAGAAAACAGCAGCCGAAAUUUUGGACGAAUUUGGGCUGGAUCUUGAUUGUUUCGACCACGUUUCUCCUCGUCUUUUGAAACCAGAAGAGAAAAAUGCCGGAGUCAAACCUAAUUUGAAGUCGAACAGAGUUAUUAAAUCGGAAGUUCCGAUAGUUAUUAAAGACCAACAUGAUUUAGUUUUACGGCGAAAACCACCAUUAGCAGUUUUGACCUUCAGCGAAGAUUCAGAUCACGUGGUUUAUUACCCAGCUACUAAAAACAAUCAAUCAGAUUUGCAUAUGCCGGAGAAAAGUGUAAAUGCACGUCCCGGGGUUAAAAAUGAGCCUCUGGAGAGUUUUGUGGAAGCUACUGGAAAUAAAACUGAGUUUAAAUUGAAACUUGAAGUUAGUAGAGAUGAUAAUGACAAUUUUACGUUUUUGGAUAGGGAUGCGAAGAAAAUUAAUACUGGCUCUUUCAGUAUUUCUGGUGAUUAAAGGAGUUGUUUUAUUUAAACUCAUGCAUGCAAAAAGCAAUUAAUCAUUAUUUUAUGUUCAAGUGUGAACAGAAUAUCGUGCAAAAAUUCACAGGUUCAUAAAAUAACUGAAAAAGAAGAAGUUUGGAGUUACA